GCUUUCGUAGUUUUGACGUGUAAACACUCAUUGCCAUUCCGGCUCCGGAGGGUCUGGGCGCCGCGCAGCCCCAGGCAGCCGCGCCGCACCGAGCCGGCACACGGACCCCGCCGCGGGGCCGCUGCCGCUCCGCUCGCCUAGCAACGAGGGCGCCCCGGAGCGCAGCUCGGCGCCGGCUGCCGCUGCCCUCGCCGCCCGCCGCGCCUCGCCGCCCCCCUGCCCCCCGGCCAUGGAAGGGCGCCGCUGGGCCGGCCGGUGCGUGGCUCUGGCGCUGCUCUCCGCCUGCUGCGUGACUCGCGGCGGCAGCGGCGCCGAGCGGCAGUUCCUCAACGAGUGGGCGGCGGAGGUGCCGGCCGGUCCCGACGCCGCCAGGGCCAUCGCCGAGGAGCUGGAGUACGACCUCGUGGGGCAGAUUGGCUCACUCAAAAAUCACUACCUAUUCAGACAUAAAAGCUAUCCAAGACGGUCUCGAAGAAGUGCCAUUCAUAUCACUAAAAGACUUUCUGAUGAUGAGCGGGUGUCAUGGGCAGAACAGCAAUAUGAAAAAAAGCGAACUAAGCGCGCCACCCUGAGAGACUCAGCAGAAAAUCUUUUCAAUGAUCCUAUGUGGAAUCAGCAGUGGUAUCUGCAAGAUACAAGAAUAACUCCAUCACUGCCCAAACUGGAUCUCCAUGUUAUUCCUGUAUGGCAAAAAGGGAUUACAGGAAAAGGUGUUGUAAUCACAGUACUAGACGAUGGCUUGGAGUGGAAUCAUACUGACAUCUACGCUAACUAUGAUCCAAAGGCAAGUUAUGAUUUCAAUGACAACGAUCAUGAUCCUUUUCCUAGAUAUGACCCAACAAAUGAAAACAAACAUGGGACACGGUGCGCAGGAGAAAUUGCCAUGCAAGCCAACAAUGGAAAAUGUGGGGUUGGAGUAGCCUACAAUUCAAAAGUUGGAGGUAUACGUAUGCUGGAUGGAAUAGUCACUGAUGCCAUUGAAGCCAGUUCAAUUGGCUUCAAUCCAGAACACGUGGAUAUUUACAGUGCAAGCUGGGGACCUAAUGAUGACGGUAAAACUGUAGAGGGACCCGGCAGACUGGCACAGAAGGCUUUUGAGUAUGGGAUAAAACAGGGACGAAAUGGAAAAGGCUCCAUUUUUGUAUGGGCUUCUGGAAAUGGAGGUCGUCAGGGUGAUAACUGUGACUGUGAUGGUUACACUGAUAGUAUCUACACUAUCUCCAUUAGCAGUGCUUCUCAACAAGGCCUUUCUCCCUGGUAUGCAGAGAAGUGCUCUUCAACUCUGGCCACAGCAUACAGCAGUGGGGAUUAUACUGACCAAAGAAUUACAAGUGCUGAUCUUCACAAUGAAUGUACAGAGACUCACACUGGGACCUCUGCAUCUGCACCACUGGCAGCAGGAAUUUUUGCUCUAGCUUUGGAAGCAAACCCAAAUCUAACCUGGAGGGAUAUGCAACACUUGGUAGUCUGGACCUCUGAAUAUGAUCCACUGGCUGGCAAUCCAGGAUGGAAAAAGAAUGGAGCUGGACUCAUGGUAAACAGCCGAUUUGGGUUUGGAUUACUCAAUGCCAAUGCACUGGUGGAUUUAGCUGAUCCUAAAAGAUGGAAAGGAGUACCAGAAAAGAAAGAGUGUAUUGUCAAAGACAAAAGCUUUGAACCAAGAUUAUUGAGAGCAAAUGGGGAGGUCAUCGUUGAAAUUCCCACAAAAGCCUGUGAAGGUCAAGAAGACUCCAUUGCAUCACUGGAGCAUGUGCAGCUUGAGGCAACAAUUGAAUAUUCCCGUAGGGGUGAUCUUCAUGUCACCCUGGUAUCUCCAUCAGGGACCAGCACUGUCUUACUGGCUGAGAGAGAGAGAGAUAAGUCUCCUAAUGGCUUUAAGAACUGGGACUUCAUGUCUGUUCACACAUGGGGAGAGAAUCCAACAGGCACCUGGGUAUUAAGAAUUACUGAUGUGUCCAGAAGAAUACAAAAUGAAGGGAGGAUUGUAAAUUGGAAAUUGAUUUUGCAUGGCACUUCUACCCAGCCUGAACACAUGAAGCAGCCACGUGUGUACACAUCCUACAAUGCUGUGCAAAAUGACAGAAGGGGAGUGGAAAAGAUGACAGACCUUGUAGAGGACCAUACCACACAGGAGUACCUGAGUGAAAAACCCAAAGUCACAGAAGGUACCAGUAGUGGCAGUGACAAAGCAGAAGAUAAAAUUCCAUCAGAGGCUAUGCUACACUUACUGCAAAGUGCUUUUAGCAGACAGAUGGCUCAGAAGCAUCUGCCAGAGAAGACUGCAAGUGAGAAGUUAAAUAUUCCAUAUGAACACUUCUAUCAAGCCCUCGAAAAGUUAAACAAGGCCUCCCAGUUAAAAGACUCAGAAGAAAGUCUGUACAGUGACUAUGUUGAUCUUUUUUACAAUGCCAAACCAUACAAGCAUAGAGAUGAUAGACUGCUGCAGGCCUUGGUUGAUAUUCUAAAUGAAGGAAACUAAACUAUAGGGUAUGGCACUGAGUUGGAAAUAUUCAUGCUCCCCACCCAACCUCCACAGUUUUUUUUCAGAAGUCUAUUGUAUGCUCUAGUUGUGUGAUUGCUGCUUUGAUUGCUUCAUAUUUAACACAAAUAUCAAGGAAGAGGAAAAAACGGGUGUGGGAGGAUAAGGCAGUAAACUGAUGCUUUUUAGUAACAGCUUUUUUCAAAGCCUUUAUUCAUUACCAUCAGAGUAGACUUGCCCCCUCAGGCAUGAAAUGCAAUAGUAUUCCCCUGGGGAAAAAAAACACUAAUGCUCUUUUUAAACAAUUUUCACAUUACUUAUUCUUCCACCCUAUUCCUUUAGCAUGCAGUAAGAUUCAAAACCUGAAUUACCAAUCAGUUUUGAAUGGAACUGCCAAAGCUAUGGGGAGAUACUCUCAUCCCUGGAUUUGUAAUAAAUAUUGCAGUCUUUCUUAUACAUGGCAUUUAUUCAAGAUGUAAGACUGGCUGCCAGUACUGCUUCUGUCACAGUUUUUUUUGUUCCUUUUCCAAACAAUGCAACCUUCUGUUCUCUAGGAAAGGAGCAGUUGUAAAGCUGGAGUUGGGUUGGAGCACUGCAGGAAAGUGCCGACCAGUCAUUUACUAUCCAUGCCUGGCAAGAAGCUUUAUUCUAAGCACACAGUAAUGAAGUUAUUCCUGGUUUAGGCUACAGGCAGAUACAUACUAACAUAAAGGAGCCCCAGAUGAGGCAUCUCAGACCAUGGAAUGGCAUUCUUGCCACCUAAUUUUAACUAAAGUGAAGUGCCUGAAUUGUAAGCCCAGUCUUUGCAGGCUGUAUAUAGUUAAUGAAGACAGAGGCUCCUAUAGAUAGCAUUUCAGAGCACUUGACUAGUUUUUAUGCUGGUUCUGAAUUACCUGCUGGAGUACCCAUCUAUUUUUUUUGACUGUAUGAGUUUGGGGAGACCAGCCUCCUACCUUUGGAGCCUCAGUUAGGUUUCUAAAGUUAAGUAGUACAAACAUCUGAGAUGUCUACAUCCUCAGCAGUCAGGACAACAAAGCUGUCCUUUCCUUGAUCUAUGGCCAAAGUGGUAUGGAAAGGGGAACUAUUUCUGCAAAGUUCACUUAAAGACUGGCUGUUGGAAUGUCUGUGGUAGAUUGUACCAUUUCCUAAAUAUUUAGCAAGUUAAGGGAAAGUGGAUGGGGGGCAGGGCUGAGAUAUGAAUAUCAAGAGAAAGGAGUCAGAAGUAGAAGCGUGGGAUGUGGAGGAGGAAGAAGGAAAUGAGGAAGGAACAGGUAAAAGGGAAAUAGAGGCAGCUCUGAGGGAGGAGCAAGGGCAGGCUGCUCCCUGACAGUAGCAGUUGCAGGAAAAAAAAAUGGAAAAAGGUGAUGGAGGAAAAAACAGAGUAGUGAGAAACAUGGUGAGAAUUCUGUGGUGAGAAGAAAAGGGGUAAUGAAGGGAGAAGCGGCCUGGUCAGAAAGGUCUAUCACCCUAUCCCAGGUGAAAAAAAUGAAAUCUGGAGCAGAAUGAUACGAAUGUUAGUGUUUGUUAGAGAAAUAGUUUCCCACACAUUCCUCUUUAAAGUCAAAGUCAAUAUUGGCCUAUUGUUUUGUUGUUCAUAAUUAAAAAACAGUGUAGUGUUGGACAGUCAGAAAUUGGAGGGGAUCUAGAUCAAGGAAAUAAAGAUUCCUAGUGGAAGGAAAAACGCAGUACCUAAUAACAGUGCUAAAGAUAACCUGAAUAAAUACCAACUAGGUUUUACUUCUCUCUCUCUCUCUCUUCCCCCCCUCACACAGUCUCUUUCUUUCUCUCUCAUGUCUAUCUAUUGAUUCCAAACAUUCCAGAAAUACUUGUUAUCUUUCACUAUCUAUUCCAUUAAAUGAUGCAAUUGUCUAUAAAACAGGAGUUUAACAUUUUGCUGAUAAAUCAUCACUUUGGACAAUGAUUUUUCAAACUUCACACUAAAUCUUGUAAUUUAAGACAAAAUCUGUUUACAGUAACAGUACUUAAAUCUUAUUUUAUGGGUAAACAGGAUUGUCUGAAGACAACUUUGAAAUUUGUCUUACCAAAUUUGAGAUUUGAAAAUCUCUGCUUAAUCAUUCAUUCUAAUGGUUUCAUGCCAAUCUUGGGCUUAGUCCUCAUUUUUGCCAGCUUUGGAUAAAUUUAACUUAGCUGAUUUGAAGAAUUCUUCCAUAUUUCUAUUCCAUAUUAUCAUACUCCAAAAAUAGCAACUCUGAGAUUGAAUGUCUCUUAUACUACAUCACUCCUUUGGUAUUAAGUAAUUUGCUUAGAACAAGAAGUGAUAAAAAAUACAGAAGUCAUCCAAAUCAGAAAGCUUUCUGAUGCUGUCCCUUCAACACACAAGCUUUCUGGCAAUUUAUAACUACUGAACAAGCAAAAUGUUAGAAUUUCUAAUUGCUGCUAUUGGACAUUGAGCACACUAACAUGUUUCCACUAAUGUUUAAUUUUCAGAAUUGGGAGUUAAUCUCUACAAAAAUAUUCCUGUAUGUGUGCGUUAGGAUGGGCUUUACUUCUGUGCAAUGAAGCUUAGAGGCUGCUUCCCUCAGAGAACAGCAAUCUUAGCCAGUCGUCAAUCAGGUAUGAUAAGGUGAGGAAAGUACUAGCAACACUCAAUCAGCCCUUGAAAAAAGCACUCAGAUUAAACAGGGGGAAAACAUAGGACCCUCCUUUGUUUUAAGCUCAGUUCCCAUAUUGUAGCCAAAGUUUCAUCAGAGGACAACAUUAAAGUCUCUCUUUUGAAUGUUUCCAACCCAGAGGAUAUUGUACAGGAGUAAAUUAUUUUUAUUGUUAGUCUUUCCUUGGUACCUGUGUGGGUUUUGUGAAAAAUGUAAAAGGAAAAAAAAAUGUUUUCUCUCAGAAUUUUAAAUUAUAUUUUCUUUACAGGUAUUUAUAAUAUAGCAAAGAUUUUAUUGAACAGACAGAAUUUUAAAAGGCAUAAUAAAUUAUAUUAAAGAACCAGAUUUUUCUUGGGAAAGAGACAAUUUCAUCCAAUAAAGGUAUUUUUUAAAAGGCAUGUUCCAACAGCAACUGCAACUGUAUGUGAUGUGAUGUUAAAAUUUGUCUACUAGUAGCAUAAUACAGUGUGUUAGCAGAGCUCAGACUGUGUGGUCUUAACCUUUGUAAAGAAAACAAUAA